GUUUUUUUUUUUUUUUGCUUCUCUCUCCGACUGAAAUCGAGAAACCAAGGCGCAGGUAAUCGGAGUGGUGGGUGAUCUUGGCUGUGACUUUUCUGGAUUCACGGCGCCAACGACCAACCGAAGAAGAAGGAGUGGUUGCCCGUAUCAACCAGAUGGAACUCAUGUGAAUGUACGCCCUAGGAGGGAGCAUCAAGCUAGGUUCCGGGAUAGAAACAGACAUCUUUCAAUGAAUGUGCUUGCUGUUUGCACUCCUAAUUUGGAGUUCAUUUAUUGCUUGUCGGGUUGGGAGGGUUCGGCCCAUGAUUCAAGGGUUCUUCGAGAUGCUCUUACUAGGCCUAAUGGCUUUAGGGUGGCUGAAGGGUGUUACUAUCUGUGUGAUGGUGGAUACGGGAAUAGUACUGGGUUCUUACCUCCCUAUCGUGGGCAGAAGUACCAUCUUAAAGAGUGGGGACCGAGAAGGCCAUCUAUAGCUGAAGAGUAUUAUAACAUGAAGCAUGCAUCGGCUAGGAAUGUUGUAGAACGCAUUUUUGGAAUCUUAAAAAUGCGUUGGGCUAUUCUUAGAGACUCUAGCUGGUUCUCUCCUAGUGAUAUGGCAAGAAUUGUAGUUGCUUGCACCAUAAUUCACAACUUCAUCAAGAAGGAGCGAGGAGCUGACAGAUUUGAGAGGGAGUACCAAGAUGUUGAGCAAGUUGACGAAGAACAAUAUGAUCCGGAUGAGGUUGAGACCAUUGCUGCCGAUGACGUUCAUUCUUGUCCUGCUUGGACUCGUUUCAGAGAUGAUUUAGCGAAGGAAAUGUGGGAAAAGUGGCCUUACAAGCCAGUUGUUCCAACAGUACCCUCUGUUUGAUUCUGCUUUAUGAAAAAAUGAAUAGCAGAAGCAUGUAGUAGUUGCUUGCUAUCUUUGUAUGUUUUUGCUGUUAAGUGGAUGUAUGAACAUGUAUGCUUCAUAGUGAAGCUGUUACCAAAGCAACCUGUAUGCUUUGUAGACAUCUAAACAACAUGUAUGUAUGUAUUGGAUGUUAGUAUCAUAUUAGAAGAUCAAGUUGUUGUCUAGUUUGCAAAGAGAUGUUUCUCUUUUUGUUCAUCUGUCAUUGCAAAGCACUUACAGUGACAGUCUUUGCAAACACAUGGCAACACCUUUUGUAAAGCUUAUCUUCAGCUUAUUUUUGUAAAGUGCAAACUCUUAUGUAGAAUGUUGUUGUUGU